UUUCCCGAAAUUUAUUGAGAGAAGGCACAUUAUUUUACAAGGGGAAAAUCUCAUGCACACACUAAACAAAAAUGGCACCGAAAACCGUAAUGACAGAAAUAAGGAUGAUCUCGUCGCAGUUUAGUCACAUAAGUGAGAACUCUGGUUCUGUUUACUUGAACAUGAAGUUUUCACAGUGAGAACUUGACUCACUAGUUCAAUACGUUCAGUGACACAGCUCGCAACUCAUAUUACUUCUCCUGUAUAUAAAAUAGAGGUCCGCUUUUAAGAUGAAUAGAAACGCCAUUAAUCCAUUCCAGGAUGCAGCAUGCAUUUUUCAUGCUUUUAUGUCUAACGGACUAUGACUGGAAAUUGGCCUUGUGCUAAAUCCUGCACUUUUUAACUUUCCUCGUGUAACUCUAUCCUCAAUGUGUUUCAUGAAGACGCAUUGUCCUGUCCAAAUUUAGCAACAAAAAAAGAGUGCAUGUUUUUGGAAUAUGGUAGGAAGCUGAAGCCUCAAAUCUUAAAACUGUGAGGCGAAUGUGCUAACUACUUUCAAUUUGCACAAAUUAGCAAAUACUGUCAUUCAAAUCACACCAGCCACAACAUUGAAAGGAAGGUGUGUCUCAAUCAGAUUGCAGAGGAGGAAGUUCAUGUCUAAAUAAUUUCAAAAGCAGGCAGAGCAAGUCUGGGUUUGCUUCACAUCGACAGUUUGCGUUCCAGAUCACCACCAAACAAACGGCUUUCUCUGUCCUUGCCAGGAUGUCUCUCGUCUUGCGUGCCCUCUCUCAGGUGUUCUGCUGGGCCGCGCUUUGUCACGUCUUACAAGUGGCUGCUGCGGUUCUGGUUGCCCUGGUAACGCUCUGGACCACCAGGCUGUUGCUUCAUCACGCUUGGUUCACUCGUAGGCUGUCCUGCUUCAGCAAACCUCACGCAGACUCUUGGCUCCUCGGCCAUCUGGGUCAGAUGAAAAGCACAGAGGAAGGUCUCCUCCAGGUGGAUGAGUUAGUGCAGACGUAUAAACAUUCCUGCAGCUGGUUCCUCGGGCCCUUCUAUCACCUGGUCAGAAUCUUCCACCCAGACUUUGUCAAACCUCUCCUAAUGGCACCAGCUAGUAUUACUGUGAAGGAUGAGCUCAUCUAUGGUCAUCUCCGUCCAUGGCUCGGCCAGAGUCUGUUGCUCAGCAACGGGGAGGCGUGGUCCCGCAGGAGGCGCCUUUUGACCCCUGCUUUUCAUUUCAACAUACUGAAGAACUACAUUGCCAGGUUUAACACUUCAGCGGACGCCAUGCACGAUAAGUGGCGGCGUCUGGUGGCAGAGGGGAACGCGACCGUGGAGAUAUUCGACCAUGUCACCCUGAUGACUUUGGACAGUUUGCUGAAAUGCGCCUUCAGCUACAGCAGCAACUGUCAGGAGUCAACCAGCGAGUACGUGUCAGCCGUAGUGGAGCUGAGCAAUCGGAUCAUCGAACGGCGCCAAAACAUUUUGCACCACUGGGACUGGAUUUACUGGAAGACGCCGCAAGGAAAACGCUUUAAAAGGGCUUUAAAUAUUGUCCACGGUUUUACAAGGGAAGUGGUCCAGAGGCGCCGUACCCGCCUCAACCAGACCUCAUCUGAUUCCACCUCCACGCCUGAAAGGAAAAAGGAUUUUGUGGACAUCAUACUGCUGGCCAAGGAUGAAGAUGGACGAGGCUUAACAGACGAGGAGGUGGAAGCUGAGGCCAACACUUUCAUGUUUGCCGGUCAUGACACCACAGCCAGUGCCAUUUGCUGGACACUGUACAAUUUAGCACGCCACACGCACUUUCAAGAGCAAUGUCGGAGGGAGGUGCUGGAGCUUUUGAGGGGGCGUGAAGGACGGCAAAUAGAAUGGGAAGAUCUGUCCAACCUGCCUUUCACCACCAUGUGCAUCAGGGAAGCGCUGAGGUUACACUCGCCAGUCCAGGCCGUGACGAGGAAGUACACCCAAGACAUGCCGCUGCCUGGGAACCGGACAGUACCAAAAGGUGCCAUCUGUUUAGUCAGCAUUUACGGAACACACCACAACCCUGGGGUAUGGACAAAUCCACACGAGUUCGAUCCUCUGCGUUUUGAACCAGUCAACCAAGAGGCCCGGUCGUCGCACGCUUUUAUUCCCUUCUCGUCAGGCCCCAGAAACUGCAUCGGUCAGAAAUUUGCGCUGGCGGAGCUCCGAGUUGUCGUGUCACUGACGCUGCUCAGGUUCCGCUUGACACCGGGGCCCAACCCUGAAUUUGGCUCCGCAGAGGUCCGCCGCCUGCCCCAGCUUGUGCUGAGGGCGCAGGGUGGCCUGUGGUUGCGGCUGGAGCCUCUGGAGCCGCCCAGUGGCUGGGUGCCCCGGGAUGCAUGAGGCUGUUUUGUUGCAUUGUCGACCAAAAUUGUUUUCUGUUUAGGGCAAUAAUAAUAAUAAUCCUAAUCAUACAAUACAGAUAUAGCUCUGGAAAGAAAUGAAAGGCCACUGCAAAAUGAUCAUUUUCAUGAUUUUCUCAUUUAUAGGUUUGAGGAAAAUGUUUUUUCUUUAAACUAGUGAAAACAUAACUUCCCAAUUCCAAAAGCAAAUCUGCCUUUUAGAACAUUUAUUUGUCCAUUUUAAGGAAAGUUUAUCCCAAAACAUUGUUGGGGAUGGAACCACAUUAUGUCAUUCAAUUUCAAAAUAGAUUGCUUGUCAUCGAUUACAUUGCUGUGAAAAUAAUGUGUAAUUAAAUUACAGUGCCUCUUGGAAAUAUCCAUUAUCAUUUUUAUGAAAUUUAAUAAA